AUGGCAAAGAAUAGUCCACGAGAAUUACCUUUUAAUAUUACUUUUGUUCCUCGUAUAGGAUUUCAAUGGAAUAGAGGACAUUUAAUUUUAGCUAAUAAAAAUCGUUUUGCUAUUUAUGAUCCUUAUUGGAAUUUAGCUCCUUUUGUUUCAAAAGAAGCUGUUAAUUAUUUCCCAAAUUUGGCAUUAGAAAAACUUGUUGGUGUUUUGAAAUAUAAUAAAGAUUCCAUGCUUUGGAUGACUAAAGAAGGGAAAAUUCUGGUAUAUUUUUUAAGAAAUAUUUUAAAAAAGAAAGUAAACUUUUAA